AAGAAGCGACGUCACAAAGACGUGUACAUGAAAGGUCGUAAAGCAAGCUUAAAUAAAACAUAGCUAACAGAGAGUUCUUCGCGGAAGACACGACUCUGAAGAGGAUACGAUGAAGAGUGGUCGUGCGUUCACGGUUCAACGCCUCGCAUUAUCCGCGAGUAUCAGCGUGCAGGGAUAACACAGCCAGCUGAUAUUCGUCUAGUACAUCGUAACGACACACGUGCUCGCUCUUUCUCUCUCUCUCUCUCUCUCUGGCCGCGGUUGCGCUGCUCGAUAGUCCAUCUAUAUUUAGCGUGGACGCGAAGAGGGAGAAAAGGGACAUAGGGAUAUUCCGAAGAGACGAGUCGGUGCACGGCGACCUCUCAAAAGGGUCAUCAUGGAGAACUGAUCCGAUCGAGAGAGAAGAGAGAGAUGUGAUCAUUGUUAUUAUACCACAGCCUCGAAGAGGCUUGUACGCACUCGAUUCUCGGAUUAAUCCGCGCCUCCAGAGACAGGGCCGUGUAUCUCUCUUGAAGACGCAUCGUCGUCAGUUGAUAGCAGUGACACUCGAUACGCAAAAAUGCGACGAUGGGAAUGUGAGUCGGAGUCGAUUAAGGGGGAAUCGUUGGCGUAGUGAUCGAACGUAGUAUCACAUGGUGUGCGAUAGCCAGUGCGUACAGUAUUAUUAUCAAUAAUCCGCGCCACGAGAUAACCGUGAUAUCAAGGUAACUGAUAAAAAUCGCCGUCGAUGUUCUCUUAACGCGCAUGAGAAGAGAAAAAGAGGGACGCAUUGUUUAUGCACGCGUGUAUAAAUCGAUCGUGAUACAAGUGACUUCUGUGAUUUUGAUCGGAUGAUAUAAAUAAUAAACUUUCCGCUGCGAGCAUUCCAGCUCCAUCGCUCACCAAGGGAAUUCGAGAGAUGCGAAGACAUGCUGACGACUGAGGAUCCCGAGGAGUCGCCGAAGAGGCGAUCCACAUUCUACGUGUCAUUGGACGGCGGCGAGCCGCCAGCGCGACAGUCAGUCGCCAAGCUGACUAAGGGUCACUCGACGGAUGACAAGUUUGUCUGCAACACCUUCCCCAUCGGCAGCGCGUCGAAGACAUCGACGAACGGCUCGUUGACGCGCACCUUGAGCAACAACGAUGGCUUUUCGUCGACCGCGAGGAGAAACGCGGACGAGACUCUACCCGAGGUGCGAGGCAAGGUGCAAUCGUUGACGAGAAUCUUCGAGGCGUCCAAGUGCGACCUGCGGAUGCCCAGCGGGGGUCAGACGGAACAGAGAAAAAAGGUCGAGAGGACGAGGUCUUUCAAGACGAUCGAACGAUUUCAGAGCCGGUUCACCGGCAGGAAGGAGUCCAGCGGCAGGAAGGACAGUCGACUCAACAAUACCAUCGCCUGCUUCGAGGUGGAGGACGAUGCCGGAUGCGGGAAGAAGCUGUCGAAUGUCGAGGAGAAAUCCGCCGCGACGAGGAUCGUCAUCGAGUCGGCGGCCACAAAGUCGGCCGCCGGAUCCUCCCGCGGUCAUCAAGAGCCGAGAGGCAAGCAGAGCACGACUCUCACGAAUCUACUGAUUCGUAGAACCCACAGCACGAAGCUGGCGAGGAGCAAUAGCACGUUGGUGCGUGUCGGAAGGCACGCGUCCGUCGAUAGUCCUUGCGUCGCCGUUGAAAAGGCGGAUGUCCGUGCGAGUAGAUUCAAGGAUGAGGAAACCAACGAGGAUCCCGCAGUCAUCGAUGACGAAUGCGUCGAAUCGUCCGUCUUUGAAGACGCCGACAUCGAUGGCGGAGUACAUUCAGACACAUCGUACGAGAAGGCUUGUCGAAGGGGUAGCGCGCCCGCCACUCCUGUACUUGGGGCGCGACCCUUGGAUGUCACUCCCAACAGGAUCGUUAACUUCUUCUCGAAACGAUCAUUCCGGUCGAACCCUCUGAAAAGAACGAAGAGCGUAACGAAGCUCGAACGACAGAAGCAACGGGGCGCCGGUCUUCGGGGUUGUCGUUCGCACGAGUCUCUGCUCUGCGGACAGGCGGUGACCUCGAUGGACCUCGCGGCGGUGACGCCGCUGCAUCCCAGUCUCCUCGGCAGGCCCCACUGCUUCCAGGUCACGCCGAGCACCGGCGGGCCCAAGUAUUUCAGCUGCAGAACCGCUCACGAACGGGACCAGUGGUUGCACAGCUUAAGGAAAUCCGUUCAGCCGGAUGCAGAACAAACACGCCGAACAGACAAUUCUCUGCAGAUCUGGUUAUUGGAGGCGAAGGGCGUACCUGCAAAGAAGCGAUACUUUUGCGAGGUCUGCCUCGACAGUACCUUGUAUGCGCGAACGACUGCCAAACUGAAGGCUGAUUUGUGCUUCUGGGGCGAGCAUUUCGAUUUUCAUCAUUUGCCCUCCGUCAACACGAUCCAGGUCAAUCUGUACAGAGAGGCAGAUAGGAAAAAGAAGAGAGACAAAAAUGUUUUAAUCGGUUCUGUCAGUAUACCUGUGCACAAUGUGACGUCGCGUUAUCUGACGGAGAAAUGGUAUACGGUAGUAGGUGACAAAGGACCUCUCAAGGAGCCACCCGCUUUAAGAGUAAAGUGUCGUUUCCAGUCGGUUGACAUACUGCCAGUUCAGGUUUAUCAAGAGUUUUUGGAAUAUCUGAAGACCGAUUACGCGCCGCUAUGCGAAAAACUGGAACCCGUCAUAGGUGUCAAGGCGAAGGAAGACAUCGCGACAGCUUUGGUAGCGGUCAUGCAACGGGAGAAAAAGGCGCCGCAAUUCCUCGCAGAUCUCGUCAUGAUGGACAUUCAUCGAAUAGAUGAUGAAAGACUUACAUUUCGAGGGAAUUCGUUAGCCACGAAAGCGAUGGAAGCCUAUUUGAAACUGACCGGAGACAGAUAUUUGCAGGAGACUCUGGGAGCCGUUGUGAGAGGCGCGGUCGAAGGUGGCGAUUGCGAAGUGGACCCACUCAAGGUCGCUUCCGUCGCCGCGUUGCACAAACAACAGCAGAAUCUUCGUAACGCCGUGGAGCUAGCCUGGAGCAGAAUAUUAUCGAGCCAUUCUCACUUUCCGCUGGAAUUGCGCGAGUGCUUUCGCAUCUUCCGCGAACGUCUAGCUGAUAUGGGCCGGGAAGACAUUGCAGACAAUCUCAUUUCCGCAUCAAUCUUUCUGAGAUUCCUCUGUCCCGCCAUUCUCAGUCCAUCUCUCUUUAAUAUUACGCAUGAAUAUCCAAAUGAAAAAGCAGCAAGAAAUCUCACUCUAGUCGCAAAGACACUCCAGACGCUCGCAAAUUUCACGAGGUUCCAGGGCAAGGAGAACUUUAUGGAAUUCAUGAAUGAUCUACUUGAACGAGAAGCUCCGUCUAUGAAGAAUUUCUUGCAGUUAAUUAGCAGCCCACUGCCAAAGGACGCACCAGCUAAUAAUUCGCUCGAGUUUGACGGCUACAUAGAUUUGGGCAAGCAACUGUCUUUGCUGCAUGCUCUCUUACGAGAAAGUAUGGCAGCAAUAGCACCGUCCUCGCCAUCGAUGCCGCCGUCACGAUUACCCGAAAUCCUCGAUAGAAUCUCUUUGGCUUUAGAUCAGCCGGGUCCGAGUCCCGUACCCGUCGCGCAUCGUUAUCCGAACCUGCAGAAUAAUAUCUUUCGCUAUAACGAUCCUACAAUUGCCAAUAGCAACACGAAUCUCUCCAUCUCGGCCACGUCGACGCUGAGCAACCAUAGCACAAUAAACGGUACAAUCAGGGACAGCAAUGAAGUGUUGCAAACCAACACCCUUGGUCACAAUAGUUCGCGCAGUCCGAAUGUUGCCAGAGCGGCGACUCUACCACGAAACGCUUACCUGCCGACGAAUGGCAAAUUGCAAUUACAAAUCAGUUCUGACGAUUAUCCUCUGGAGCCACCGGCGUUCGUAUCACGUUCGCCAACGCCAAUCACGCGGCAACACAGGCCACUCGGGUCCAAUCGUUCUGGACCGGGUUACAGACUGACAGCCAGCGCGAGCUUGGCAAACGUCAAUCACUGCCAGACUCAUCCAACAAGUCCCACGCGUUCCGAGAGUCACAGCAAUCUGAAAGACUCCAACUAUAACAUUACUGCGUCAUCGCAAAAUAAUCAGUCGAACAACGGAAGCAUUGUCUUGCAGCAACAGCAACAUCGGCACAACAUUGCGCGUCUGCAGAAUCUCGAUAUUCACGAUCGCGAGGAUAAUUACAAUCACAAUAAUUACAAUGUCGCGAGGUCGGCUAGCCGAAAUCAUUGCCACAAGGAAGAUAAUGCCAACCAGCAACGCAAUUACAAUGUCUCGAAGACUACAGUGAACGCGAACGUGGUCGUUAAUCCACCCACGAAUCUCACAUUAUCCAUCAAUCAUCAGCCCAAUAAUAAUUAUAAUCCUUCCAAAACAAACAAUCACGCCUCAUCCGCCAACGGCAACCUCGAUGAGCUGUCUGAUUUACUGAGAUACGCGGAUGAUGAAGUAUCGGAAUCCAAAUCUCAGAAAGGCUCACAGAUCUCCAUCUCGCAAUUGAGUAACGUGGCUUCUUCCGGCUAUCAAAGUUUCGCCGCUUAUAGUCAGAGCUCCAGUCCGGUAGAUCUUAGUAGUAAUAAUGCAAACGCGCAUAUUCUCGGUGCAGCGCCGCUGGCAUUCGCUAAUCCUGUUUACCACAUGGAGUCCAAUCACGCUAGGACAGGUAGACGAGAUAGCAGCAGUUCCGAGGAGAGAGAGGGUAGUGGAGGCGGCGGUGUCGACAGUGUGAGAGGUGUUGAUCUGAGUCCCUCCCCUCCACCCAAGAACAACGUGCGAAAUCACCAAAGGAACAAUCAGAAUCAGUGGCGACAGAAUAAUCAAACUCAUAGAAACAAUUCUGAGCAUGCGCAGGACGUCUGUUGCACAAAGUUACGAAGAAGGCUCUCUCUAGACUCUACGCGAGAUUUGUCAGACACCAGCGAGGAGGAAAAUUGUACCACCAGGAGGAGCAAGUCUCGCAGUCAUCGAAGCAUCGAUCAGUACGAAGUGGAAAUGUAUGAAGUGGAGAGGCUUCAGAAUAGCGUAGAUCGACUGCGAUUGCGCGCGCGAUUAGGUGCCACCGACGAUGCCGAUUUAGAUCUCGCGCCCGACAACAAUAUGAAGAGCAUCAUUUCCAGAUUAAUCUCCGUGGAGGAGGAACUACGUCGCGAGCAGCAGAAGAUGUCAGCGGCGUUGUCGUACAAGCAGCGCGUGAUCGACGCGCAGGAGCAGCAAAUAGCCGCAUUGGGUGCCGCAAAUUCGCGUCUCAUGUCGACCAACGCGAGUCUGCUGUCGGCACUGAGCAAACAACGCUAUAACACCAAGUCCCAGACGAACAGUGAAGCUGCGCCCCUGCUGCAAAACAUUGCCGACAUUGGCGAACUCAAAAGCUCGUCGUGCUAAGCGUAUCGUCGUCACGUCCGGGAAUUGUCGAGAACAAGGAAGAAUUUUUGAAUCGAUAAAACUGUUCUUUGAAAAGCCUCACACGUGCUAUAACACGUAGACACUGUCAUCAACAAUGACGUUUAUCUCUCCCUUGAAUAAUGAAUGAUCUUGUAGUAAUUUCUAUAAGAUAAUUAAAUUUGUUGAGGAUGUAAAGAUUCUGAAAGAGGAACUGAUCAUUGGUCAAGCUUACAAAUGUGUGAAUUUUCAUUAUUCGAGGAAGAGAAGCUUAUUCAGAGAAAUAUUCUUCCUUAGUUGUACGAUUCGUUACAUGCAUUCUCCGAAUUAUUUAUUUAACACUCUCGACAAGAUCUUGCACUCGAUAACUGUAAACGUGCUACGUGAGAAUAGCCCCGAUAUUUACCUGGGCUCGUAAAUUUCGAAAAUGUGUGAAGCAUCAUGUCGGGGAACGCGAUACAGAAUAGAUUGCAACACAAAAGAGAAUGGCGUGCGAAAAACAGAGGCUACUUAGUGAAUAGGCAGACCAAGUAUGUAGAGAAUUUUCGUCGAGUUUAUAUAAUGUGACAUAGCGUUAGGCUAGGUUUAUUUGUUCGCGAGUAAAAGAUAACCCGCGACUCGUCCGAGAACCGAGAUCAUGAAAAUUGCCCCGAAACGACGAUGGACGUAUCAGCGCUGAUCAUUGAAAAGAAUAUCGCAUCUGCGAGUCUCUUGAUGGCGACUUUGCUUCGUUCGGCAAGAACGAAAUGAAAGUGGCAACGAGACGAAUUUCAAUUUUAUACAAAUCGAAAAUUUUCGAUUAACAACGAAAAACGAAUCGGUUUCUUAUUAUUUAUGCAAUCAUGUUUGUUUUUAAUUCAAACAAGCACACGAAUAGAAAUUGACAAAAAUAAAUUUCAUUGAAGAAAAUAUUUGCUAUAAAUGUAAAGUCCAAAAAAGGCAUUUAAAUAAAGCUUCUUGUUUACAAUACUUCAAAAAUACAUAAAGGAUUACAAAUUUUAUUCCGCUUUGUGAUUACAAAUUGCAUGACGACAGUCUAUACUGGUUACGCAACGAAAGAUCGAUGUCCAAUUCCAAUUGGGUCAUCCAAUUAAGGAUUAUCUCGUCCGGCAGCGGGCACUCGGACGGCACACGAAGAAGCCCCGAUUGACGAAUUGCGUAUUCGUUUCCCUUGUUUCUACUAUCAUAUUUAUCUAUACGCACAGCCACAUGCACCGUAAUAGUUGUAACAUGAUACGCGAGGAUUACAAUACUGAUGUUCGCGCCACACCACACAUAGAAGCAUCCUCGAGCACCGGAUUGUAUACCGCAAGUAUAGAUGUGUAUAUUUUUCUAGUUUGUUCCCCGAGUGCAUAAUCUCUCUUGAUCACAAAACGCAAUUCUCAUUCUUACGCACGAUUUUCGAUCAUUAAAGCCUGCGUUACGGCUUAAGACGAAAAUAUAUAUAAUAGUUUGCGCGAUUCAUCUUUUUAAAUCCUCAAGUAUCGAGCGAAAAACGGAAGAAAGCUUCCGCGAGCAAAAAAUAAAAAAAAAAUUAAAGAAAAAACGAGAGUCCGUCGAAUGAAAGCUGGAUGAAUGGAUUUCCAAAGCGAUGUUUCGUGCGCAUGUCUUCGAAUUUUCUAUCUCGACGAGCCGCGAGCAAACUUUUAUCUUUGAUUCAGCACGUGACCCUUUACUCUAAGCGACGAUAUUUAUUUAGUAAUGUCUACCAAAGAUGAAGAAUUUCACAUUGUAAAGAGAAUAUCGAGAGUAUGUAAGAUAUCCGGAUUUUUUUUAUUGUUCCCGGUGAUGGAAUAAUUAAUCGUUACGCAUGGAAACGACAUAGCCGGGAACGAUACUCGAGUGAAAAGCGGUGUGCACAUGACAAAAUUCGAGAACUAUUCUUACUUGCUCCGCCAUCGCGCUCGAUAUUACAGAUUUUUGCACACCGAGAUUCCCGAGCCACGCGCAGAUCGCCCGAUAUUUCUGCGCACAAGCAGCGUAAAACGCAUGACAUUAAUUAAUUAAUCAGAUUUCUAAGGUCUCGCUCGUUCGCAAAGCGUUAAUGUGUUACGUUUUACAUCACAAUAACAAUUAUUAUUGUAGCCAUUGUCGUACAACAUGUGCGUAAAAGAUUUGAGUGAGAAAGCGAGCGAGAAAGCGGGAAAAACAGAAAGAAUGAGAGAUUGUGAGAGUAAGUCUGUGGAGGAGUGAGAAAAGAUUAUAAUCAGUCUAAUCUCGUUAAGAAAAAAAGUAUUAUCUCGUCGACUUUGUACCAUAGCGUUAUUCUCGCGUUUAUCCGAGCGUUUGAGUUUCUUGCCUCACGCCGAUUAUUUUUGUAUAGAGAUUAUCCUUUUUCAUCUUCUUCUAUUCUCUUAUUAUUUCCUUUUGUACUUUCCCUUCCUUUGUUUACUGCGUAAAAUCACAAUCAUACGCAGGAAAACUGCCCCUUAAAAGCUUUUCUUCCAACUCUACUUUUCUCGACUCAUCGAGCUUGCAUCUUAUGGAAUUAAUAUAUUAACACUAUUCCCUUUUCCCUUCUUGUUGGACGAUGUAAUCGAUAAAUAUCUAUUUAAAGAAUCACUUAAAUAGCGUGUACAUUAUUAAGUUUUGGUAUAUUCGUUUCUGCAAUAGACCACCUGUAUUUAAACAUAUAGACUAUUACACUAUAUGAACAAAUAAAUACGAUUAGACAUAUUGUAAA